CUUUAGUCUGAAUGGUCUUCCACUGAUAUACGGUGGAAGAAUAUUUCGUUUUUUUCAAAGAUCACCAUAUUUUAAUUAUGGCUCCAUUAUAUUUUCCUAAAUGUGUAGUGAGUUUUGUCCUCUUCACCCAGGCUGUGGGUGCGCUGGACACUUUUAUUGCUGCUGUAUAUGAGCACGCUGUUAUAUUGCCAAACAAAACAGAAACCCCCGUUUCCACCGAAGAGGCCUUGCUCUUGAUGAACAAGAACAUAGACAUUUUGGAGAAAGCAAUCAAGCUGGCAGCCGAGCAGGGUGCACAUAUCAUUGUGACCCCAGAAGAUGGAAUCUAUGGUUGGAUCUUUACCAGGGAGACCAUUUACCCCUACCUGGAGGAUAUACCAGACCCUGAAGUGAACUGGAUUCCCUGUGGAGACCCUAAAAGGUUUGGCCACACACCGGUACAGGAGAGACUCAGCUGCCUGGCCAAGGAUAACUCUAUCUAUAUUGUGGCAAAUAUUGGGGACAAGAAGCCGUGCAAUGCCACCGAUCCUCAAUGUCCUCUGGAUGGCCGUUACCAGUACAACACCAAUGUGGUGUUCGAUUCUGAGGGAAGGCUAACAGCCCGCUACCAUAAGUACAACCUUUUUGAACCAGAAAUUCAGUUUGAUUUUCCCAGAGAUUCAGAGCUGGUGGCUUUUGACACUCCCUUUGGCAAGUUUGGCAUCUUCACUUGCUUUGACAUUUUUUCUUACGACCCGGCUGUGAUGGUUGUGAAGGACUCUCAAGUCGACAGUGUUCUCCUCCCUACGGCAUGGUACAAUACCCUACCUCUACUUUCAGCUGUCCCCUUCCAUUCAGCGUGGGCCAGAGCCAUGGGAGUCAACCUGCUUGCAGCAAAUACCCACAACACCAGAAUGCACAUGACAGGGAGCGGGAUCUACAGCCCCGAGGCAGUCAGAGUGUAUCACUACGACAUGGAGACGGAGAGCGGCCAGCUGCUGCUCUCGGAGUUGAGAUCUCGGCCCAGCCAGCACGCAGCGCCUGCAGCGGUUGACUGGAGCGCUCAUGCCCGAAGUAUCGAGCCCUUCUCCACAGAGCAGGCAGAAUUCCCGGGGAUGAUCUAUUUUGAUGAAUUCAGCUUCACGAAGCUUACGGGAAGCACUGGGAAUUACACAGUUUGCCACAGGGACCUGUGCUGUCACCUGACUUACAAGAUGUCUGAGAGUCGACCGGAUGAGGCGUACGUCCUGGGAGCGUUUGACGGACUUCACACUGUGGAAGGCCAAUAUUACUUACAGAUAUGUACAUUGCUGAAGUGCCAAACCACCAACCUGAGAACUUGUGGGGAGCCCGUGGGGUCAGCUUUUACCAAGUUUGAAGAAUUCUCCCUCAGCGGCACCUUUGGGACAAGCUAUGUUUUCCCACAGAUUGUCCUAAGCGGGAGUCAGCUUGCCCUGGAAAGAUAUUAUGAAGUCUCAAGGGAUGGACGUCUCCUGAGCCAAGGUGGAGCCCCUUUGCCUGUCUUAGUGAUGGCCCUGUAUGGAAGAGUGUUUGAGAAGGACCCCCCACGCUUAGGGCAGGGACCUGGGAGGUCACCAUGAACACCUUCAUUGGGGAGUGUCAGGAUUAGCCUGGCACCGUGAGUGGGCAUGAAUGAGAGAGGAGGGAAUAAGAAUCUGCAGUGUCUGAUUAGAAGACACAAUGUAAGCUGUUAAAAGGACAAAUUAAACCAAGAAAUAAAACAAUGAAGUAAAAAAAAAGCAA